AUGGUGCCCCCGCGGCCCCUGAACAAACCCCACGUCUGCCUCUGCUCCAUCCUCAUCAUGAGCAGCCUGGCGCUGAUGGACGCCUACCUGGUGGAGCAGAACCACGGCCCCAGGAAGAUCGGCGUGUGCAUCACCGUCCUGGCCGGCGACGCGUGCUUCCUCAUCGUGCUGCGCUACGUCGCCGUGUGGGCGGGGUCGGAGGUCCACACGGCCAAGCGAGGCUACGCCAUGAUCCUCUGGUUCUUCUACAUCUUCAUCCUGGAGAUCAAGGUCUACUUCGUGUACCAGAACUUCAAGGCUCAGGAUGUGAAGGUGGAUGAGGAGGAGGCCGAGGCGGGACUGGCCAGGAGGGUCCUGACGCUGCUGCUGUCCGUCUGCAUGCCCGUCGUGUUCAUAACGCUGGCGGCCAUAGAUCACAUGGAGUACGUGCGUCCGUACAAGAAGAAAGAGGAGAUCAGGAGUCGUCUCUUCUGGGUGGUGGUGGACCUGCUGGACGUUCUGGACGUGCAGGCGAACCUGUGGGAGCUCCAGAGGAAAGGGCUCCCGCUGUGGGUGGAAGGCCUGAUGUUCUUCUACUGCUACAUCCUGCUGCUGGUGCUGCCCUGCGUGUCCCUGAGCGAGAUCAGCAUGCAGGGGGUCAACAUUGUCCCGCACAGGAUGAUGCUGUACCCCAUCCUCAGCCUCGCUACCAUCAACAUCAUCACCCUCUUCAUCCGUGGCGGGAACAUGCUGCUGUACAGCGACAGCCGCGUCUCGGGGAUCAUGAUGGGCAAAAACGUGAUCGCCAUCGUGGUGAAGAGCUGCAGUCUGGCGCAGUACGGCAAGCUCCGGGACGCUCCUCCUGCGGGUCACGGGGUCGAGAUGCACAAGAACUGCGACGUCCAGACAGCGGCGGUGUCCGUCCCCGUUCCUCUGCCUGUCCCGCCGCAGGUCGUGAUCGAGGACUUUACCACAAUACCAGAGGAGCCAGAGUGUGAGACGGACGCUUAA